AUGCUUGCGGGUGGCGUCAUCUCGGCUCCCACUGCCACUUCGUCGCCGCUGUCGAGGGGGCGGGCUCCCGUCCUGUCCUCGCUUGCCUACUUCCCGCUCUGCCAGAGGGGAUCUCUCUCGUUUGCCGGUGACAGGCGAGCGUCGCCGCUCUUCUGCCGCCGCGGGGCGGUAGUCCGGUCGCAAGCGGUGGCGAUCGAGAAGGAAGUUCCGGAGAGCGAGCGCCCGGAGACGUUCCUCCGGGAGGCUGAUGGUCCCUCCUCGGGAAAUGCGCAUCACUCUGCCGUUCGAGCGCGGUUCGAGAAGAUGAUUCGGGAUACGCAGGACGCAGUGUGCGCAGCUGUGGAGGCGGCCGAUGGAGGGGCCAAAUUCAAGGAGGACGUAUGGUCGAGGCCUGGCGGCGGCGGCGGCAUCACCAGAGUGCUGCAGGAUGGAGCGGUCUUUGAGAAGGCCGGGGUCAACGUAUCGGUUGUCUAUGGGGUGAUGCCCCCAGAAGCCUACAGAGCUGCCAAGGGUGAUGCGAACGCGAAGCCCGGCCCCAUCCCAUUCUUUGCCGCCGGCAUUAGCUCGGUAAAGGACCUUUCUGACAUAUAAUUAUUUGGUUCUCUUUCCUAAGGAUCCUUAGAGCCUUUUCCAUCUUCUAAUCCUGGAGUCAACGUAUGAUCUAAGUAAAUAUUUGGAAUGGAUACGUGCUUUUUUAUUAUAGCAGAAGCAUCCAAUUUCUAGACUACAUCAGUAGUGAUAACUGAAGUUAUUGACUAUUUUGCUAGUCUACUGUUAAGCUUUUAAAGUGAUAUUCUUGUAUGCCCUUAUCUUGGAGAAACCGUCGUUUCUCUCUCUAAAUUCCCGAUUUUUAGGACUGAGAAUAUAGAUCAGAAGGAAAUAUCAAGGCCGGUUCCCUUUUACUACGCCAUUGAAUCAGCCAAGAGAAAUUAAAAGUUGGCACCUAUUCAUUUCAUAUCAACAAAUUAAUAUCCUGUGGUAUUUAUCUAGUACUUCACAUCACGGCAUCUUAUAAGCCUCGUAUAAUUAUUGUUAUGAUGAUUGGAAAGUUAUAUCUGUCGAGCAACAUCAGUUUCUAGUGUUGUUUUUGCUUUGUUGGGCCAGUUAUCAUACUCUAUGACGCCCUACAGAUAUAACGUCAGCACAGUAAUUUUGUUGUUGUUAUUCCCAUCUUGUAGGUCUUGCAUCCAAAGAAUCCAUUCGCCCCAACUUUACAUUUCAACUAUCGUUAUUUUGAGACUGAUGCACCAAAAGGUACAGAAGCAGAAGGACCCUUUCUCUCACUACCAUAUUUCACUAAUAGUUCCAGUUAUUUCUUACCUGGUAACUGCUGAAGUGAUAGGGUUCAUAAAUUAGAUUUGAUAAAUGAGAUAGAGGUGCCAACUUAUGUCUUGCACUCACUAGAGCUUAAUGAUGCCAUAAAAAUUGGAUUUUCAUGGAUGACGUUCCCUAGACCUCUUGACCAAUCAAAGAAUCCCUCUCUCAUGUUAUCAUACUUAUCUUCUUACCAUCAUAUUUAUAAGAUAUGAUGUUCUUCUCAAUACUCUCGUAAUGCAGAUACCCCUGGAGCCCCCAGGCAGUGGUGGUUUGGUGGUGGUACUGAUUUUACUCCUGCCUACAUUUUCGAGGAAGAUGUAAAACAUUUCCAUUCGGUAUGUCCAGUAUAGCUUAUAAAUGUUCUGAUGAAGGUUUUAAUUCAACGAAUGCAUGCUAUAAUUAGCCUUCAACUAUGUUUAGUCAGACAUGACGAAUUUAGACUCUUCUUAUCUGAAAAGCUCCUCCAUCUGAGUAGCAUUCAAUUUCAUUCUUGUUUUGACUUUGUUUCUCUCCCCUAGUAUUAAGAGGCAGGGAACUAUCAUCUUCCAGGACGUACCUUGUUUUAUGUGUUUGUCUUCUCGUUAGGCUGUCAUCCUCAAUAUUUCUAGAAAGUUUGCGGUGAGAAAAUGGUCAUAGAUUUGUUCUCUGCCAUGAAAAGAAAAAUUGUUUGAUCAUCCACAAUGUUAUGAACCAAAUCAGGAUGAGCUUCUAAAUCUGCAGAAUCUGGUGCCUUGGUUUUUGUGGGCUCUAGCGCAGAAUGAUAUGAAAAUGUAGAUAAAUCCCAUGAAGACGGAGCAGUAUGACACUUAGAACUAAAUGAGCUCGCAAGUUUUAAUCCUCAUCUCUUCUCAAUUUCAUGGGCGACAAAUAAGCACAGCAAUCUCUGAAAUGACCAGUGCUGACUUUAAAGUGAAGGUUGAAAUCAUCUCAGUCUCUCUCUUCAAAUUACCUAGUUAGGAUGACGGCCAUUAUCUUAUAAUUAUGUUCGUGAGUGGUUCAGAAUAAGGUCCCAUUAGGCCCAUAUUAGUUUCUCUGCGCUCUGCCCCUCUCCUCUUUCCUCUCUCUAUGUAAACAGUUGAGGAGGGUGGCCACAUAGGUAACCCUAGUUUCUGUAUCCUUCUAUUUUCUGACACUAGGCAAUAGUGAAAUGGAAAGCAGAUAUGACGCCUUAUGCAAUUCAUUCAGAACCGGAAAGAAGAAUUCUAUCUGAUAAAUUUGUUGAAACCGAAUUUCAUUUGGCAAAGAGGAUCUCGGCGAUGAUGAUCAAUUAAAACGAUACAGGGAGGGUUUUGUCAAGCUGACUUUUUUUCUCUCUGGUUCAGGUCCAGAAGCAAGCAUGCAACAAGUUCGAUCCAAGUUUCUAUCCCAGAUUCAAGAAAUGGUGUGAUGAUUAUUUUCUUGUGACGGUAUGAUCCCCUCCCACCAUUUUAUCCACAUUUCUCUGCAGAUUUCUGCCUAGUGAGAGAGAGAGAGAGAGAGAGAGAAUAAGAUAGUGGUAUACUCAUGUUGAGCCUGCUGAUUCAACCAUCUCUCUACUUCUUUAAUUAUAAUUUGAAUAAAUGGGUGUGAUGAUGUUGUGUUCUUGAUCAAAACCUGAUCGCUAAGCCCCCUUGCAUUGCUACAAAGCAUCAGCCAAAAGCAUGGUCAUCCUGUUUACAAUCAUCAUCAUCUCUCCUACUAAUCUUCUCUGUCCCUGCAGCAUCGGGGUGAGAGGCGGGGCCUCGGAGGAAUAUUCUUUGAUGACCUCAACGACUACGACCAAGAGAUGCUUCUGGCUUUCUCCACUGGUAUUCUAAACAGCCUCAGAUCACAUGCCCAGAUUUUUCCCUUUUUGCCUGUUAAUAUUCGAUAAAAUCAUGGAAUUCAAUGAUAAUUCCGUACUGCCACUGCUUAAUCAUUAAACCCUCCUUUAUAUUAUAUUUCAAGCUAGCUUUCCCACUCAUUAUUAUUUAUUCAUGCUGGAGAAGCGGGCACAUUAUGAAAUUUCUCUUCCACCUUCCAUCACCAUCAAUGGCUAAUUUCUCUCUCUCUCUCUCUCUCUCUCUCUCUCUCUCUCUCUCUCUCUCUCUGCAGAGUGCGCGAGUUCUGUUAUUCCAGCUUACAUACCGAUCAUAGAACGCCGGAAGGACACCCCUUUCACUGAUGAGCACAAGGCAUGGCAGCAGCUGAGAAGGGGCCGCUACGUCGAGUUCAACUUGGUACACCUUAAAACUCAAAGGGGCUCUCUCUUUCUCUCUCUCUCUCUCUCUCUCUCUCUCUCGCUUCUGAUUGGUCUGUGGUGCGGGUGGUUCAAUGAAGGUGUACGACCGUGGGACGACAUUCGGGUUGAAGACAGGGGGGCGGAUCGAGAGCAUCCUUGUUUCUCUCCCGUUGACUGCCCGAUGGGAGUACGAUCAUGUGAGUCAAACAGAUUGGCUUCAUGAGUUGUUCCCGUGUAAUUUGGUCAGCAGCUUUUGUUAUAUGAAUGGAGGAGUGAAUCCGAUUUGCCGACCAUCUUUUGCAGAAACCCGAGGAGGGGAGCGAGGAAUGGAAGCUUCUUGAUGCAUGCAUAAAUCCCAAGGACUGGAUUGAUCUCCAAUAG